AUGUUGUCUGCACUUUAUCCAAAGUUGUUGUUGUUGUCUGGUGACGCUCCGACGAUGCUUUCGGUGGCGGCGAGGAGGACGGCACUCCUGCCACCAAAGAGGAUGAGAAAAAGAAUAACCCCCGCGUCAUCAUCGUCAUCGUCAGCGAAGAAUGCGUUCGUGGUGAAACCGAGACCUGAAGUGAGAGAUGCCUUCCCGGCGGAUAUUCUGCGAGCGUGCGAGCGGAAAAGCGCAGAGUUUGAAGUGCGAGCAGAGUUAGACGCGCUCGAUCCAGACGCUCGCCUGUUAGGCAUUCGCGACGUUUUAUUAGAAGAGGGCUGUUCGGAACGUUCGAUCCAGUUUUUAGAGCGGGACGUGGAAAAGGUCGUGAAAGAGUAUCGAAACUUCUUCGUAAACUCGAGCGGCGAAAGAAGACGAGAGAACGCUCCCGAAAGAGUGGUCGUUUCUCUCUCGCUUUUACGCCGGACGCUGUGCACGAAACUGCACGUGGAUUACGUACCUUUGAGAGCGAUGACGACGUAUUACGGGAGGAAAACGGAGGUUUUAGAUGAGCAUUCGUUGGUGAAUAAAGUGAUCGCGUCGGCGGCGAGAGACGCGUCAAUGUCGUCGCGGGUUUUGCUUCCUCUCUCGGACGCGUUGAAAUCAAACGCGAAGUUAUUCGAGAAGAACUUGGUGGAAGAAAAAGGAGAGAGUUGCGACAUUUUGUUUUUGAAAGGAGAAAUGUGGGAGAGUGGGAAAGCAUCGGUACACAGGAGUCCGGAGACUGCGAAUGGUGGUUGGCGGUUGGUUUUGCGAGUGGACGAAUGCGACGCCGUGAACGAAGCCGAGGAACAUCAGAAGUGUUUAGUCGACGACGACGAAGAGUGCGGAUGCGAAGAGUAA